AUCUCCUAUCCAAAGCGAGCGAGGAAAUCAGCUUUCACAGAACGGCAGAUUGAUAUUUUGAGAAAGCGGACGCGGAUUAUGCGCAGCGCCGCUCGGCCUCCCCUUUGGCUUCCGUCCAUGCUUCCGACUCUUUGAACUCGAUCGAAAUGUGCCCGUGGCAGAGCUCCAGGAGGGCAGAGGGCACGAUUUUAAUAGUGUUUAAUUCCUUUGCUUUGGCUUUUUCUCUUUUUUUGCUCCACCAGCCUUAAUUACGAACCUUCAACAUGACACAGAUCUUGUGAUUUCUCUCCGCGAGAAGGAGGCAGAUGGGCACCGCCGGGUGUUUUGUAUCCCCGUCUAUAUUGAGCUCGGAUUUGUGCAGUUUCAAAGCAAUGCUGUUCCCUUUCUCACUUGGGGAAAGGCCAGGCCGCCAUAAAUUAGAUGCAAACGAUGCUUCGGAAGCAGCACAUUGAAAUUCAAGAGUUUAGAGAAGAGCAAGUGCCAAGGACGCUGUGGCUGCAUCCUGCCUUGGGCAGAGGGUGGUCUAAGUGAUCUCCAAGGAGCCCUUUCGAUGACUAACUGCCUGCUUGCUGAAUUGUAAUUAGAAGUUGCCAAUGAGAUCUGAAAUAGUUGACCUGCCAGCCAACUGUGAUAAGAACUGUGACGAUGAUAAGAAAAAGGUUUACAUCAAGUUAGGGAAAUGUUUACGCCUGUUAAGAAGGAAGUCAACACAAGGCUUAUCUUUGCCAACACCGAUCAAGAAGAAUCAACCUCUGGCCAGGACAGACACAGAGGCAAUUUAACAUUUUUCAACUUCUGGCCAGGACAGACACAGAGGCAAUUUAACAUUUUUUCAACCUCUGGCCAGGACAGACACAUUUCCCAGCUUCCAACUUCAUGAGGAUAUGCUUGAUUCUGGCCACUGGGGGAGCUGCUGCUUCACCGUCCACUCAUGACACCGAGUCCUUGAUGGAGUACUUCCUCAUUCCUUUCCACACACUGCUGGCAAUUUUAUGGUGUCAUAAAUUAGUUAAAUUAGCCUCCAUGCAUAAAGCAGUACCUAAAUUUCUUACUUGACAGAUGCAACUGUCUUUUGGGCUGCAUAGGUCAACAGCGAGCUAGGCUAUUAAUGGUUGGGGGCUCAACCCGACCAGGUUUCGAUCUCAUUACCUCUCGGUCAGUAAUGAUGUAUUGUAGCUGGCUACUAACCAGCUGUGCCACAGGCCUGGCCUAAGCAGGGAGAAAAAGAUAUGGUAGUAUUUGUAUGAAUGCACGAGGAUGAAUGUAUGCACAUGUGUGUGAAUGCUGAGUAAAAAUGUCUGUUUGCUAGCCUGAAGGGACCAUAAGCCAGAAAAUAGUAAACUUUUGCUUAUGUAGCUUUGCCUCUACAUAUGCCCUGGUGCCUUUCUCCAGGAAGUUCCAAAGAGAGUUCUAAAGAGAGAACAAAGUUCAGAAUAAACAAGUUAGGUCACUGGUAUCAUUUAUGCCAAGUAGGUGUGGAAGGUGAGGAAGACCCUCAGCCAUUGGUUAAUUUUAGAUAAGUCAAGACAUAUAUUCUCUGUUAACUGCGACGUGCUUUGCAUGGUACGGACCUUUGUGUGUGUGUGUGGCUGUUUUGCCUUUUCAUAACUACUAGCUGUGCCCAGCCAUGCGUUCCUGUGGCAAAGUGGUGGUGGUAUUGGUUAAAAGUUGUUGUGGAAUUUUUAUUUGACGUUAUUUGUAUUUUUUAAAAUUAAUUUUAUCAUAACUUAUCUUUUUAUUUAUUAUAUUUUAUUAUUUUGUUGUAUUAUUUUUAGUUAUUUUGUUAUAGUAUUUUAUUGUAUUAAUUUUUUAGUGUUUUGAAUGAUUUUUAUUGUAUUUGUAUUUAUUUUAUUUUUUAUUCUUUUAUUAACAGUGGGCUGAGUGGGUUGCUUGGAGACCAAGUGGGCGGAGCUUAGCCUUCUAAGUGGCAGCAAUUGGAUAAAAACAAUUAUUGCUCUCCCUCUAAGUAGGACUUUAUUUUUCUUUUCUUUUUGUUGUAUCAACCUAGAGGCGUGGAUGAUAGGUUGUGUUGUCAAAUUUCGAGGUUGGGGGGCCUGUAGUUUUGUUGUUUUGUGCGUCGCCGUGAUGCCAUCACUCAUUUAUAUAUAUAGAUGAUGGAAAUAAACUUUGUUUUUUGUACUCUCACAGGACUGGGUUUUCUGUCUGAUUUCCUCCUGAGCCGGGAACCUUUGAAGAACCCAAGGAGAGAGGAGAAGGAAAGACCUGUGCAAAGAGGAGCACCAGAUGGGAGAGACGCGGGUCUGCCUCCCUGCCUGUCUCUGUCUGGUGCCGUAUUGCUGGCACGCUCCCUGCCUGCUCUGCUGAGGGAUGAGGCUGGCUGUGCCGGACGGACGGACGGAGAGAGGAUUACCUCCAGGGCUGAGCCAUUCCCUCUCCUCUCCUCUCCUCCCGCGAGGACCACAGAAGAGGCAGCUCUCUCUCGCUCUCUCCGGCAGCAUCCUUCCUUCCUUCCUUCCUUCCUUCCUCCCUUCCUCUCCAUCACUCUCUCCAAGAGACACAAAAGGGUUGGAAGCUCCAGCAAGCCUUCCAGCAGGGAUGAACCUUUGGAGAGCUCCCGGGCAUUUCCAUGGAAGGAGGGACACCCAUCACCACCACAGAUGCCGGAGACUCCUCGGUCCUGCCGUUGCCUUGCCAGGGAGGCUUCACCUGGACGCAGCAGCCUCCGCUUUAGUGCACUAGCUUUGGUCUGAUGCUCUCCUGCGAGGCCUGGUGACAACCCUCAGAAAUGCCUAUUCUCUCUGGAGGCAGCGAACACGAUUUCAGCUACGCUUCCUGCACCUCCUUGAACCAUCUGAUCCCCAUCUCGGUGGUCGAGACCCCUCCGGCCAAAGGGCUCCACUACCAGAGGGCCAAGAAGGUCUGCCGCCCCGACCAGCUCCGAUCGGCCGACCUGAGGAGCGAGAUUGUGGUCAACGUUGGAGGCAUCAAGUACCUCCUGCCUUGGAGCACCUUGGACGAGUUCCCCUCGUCCCGGCUGAGCAAGCUCCGGUUCUGCAGCGGCUACGAGGAGAUCAUCCAGCUCUGCGAUGACUACGAUGAGGACUCCCACGAGUUCUUCUUCGACCGCAGCCCCAGCGCGUUCGGGGCCAUCGCCAGCUUCUUGGCGGCGGGGAAGCUGAUCCUGCUCCGCGACAUGUGUGCCUUGUCCUUCCGGGAGGAACUCAACUACUGGGGGAUCGAGGAGUCCAGCCUGGAGAACUGCUGCUUCCGGAAGCUCUUCCAGAAGGUGGAGGAGCUGGCCGAGCAACACAGGGAGGAGGAGAUGGAGAUGAACAAGGUGAUGAGCUGCAUCCUGGAGGAGGAGACCAGGACCUUCAUGUCCAGGCUGAGAGACAUGGUGGAGAACCCGCAGUCGGGCCUCCCCGGGAAGAUCUUUGCUUGCCUCUCCAUCCUCUUUGUGGCAACCACAACGAUAAGCCUUUGUGUCAGCACCAUGCCAGACUUAAGAGAAGCAGAAGACAGGGGUGAAUGUUCCCAAAAGUGCUAUUACAUCUUCAUCGUGGAGACCAUCUGCGUGGCUUGGUUCUCCUUGGAGUUCUGCCUACGCUUCAUCCAAGCGAAGAGCAAGUGCCAGUUCUUCAAGGGGCCGCUGAACAUCAUCGACUUCAUGGCCAUCUCCCCCUACUAUGCUUCCCUCAUCGUCCUGGAUGACGAGACCGCGGAGGGCGAAGAGAAGCCCAGCGGGAACUCAUACCUGGAGAAGGUGGGCUUGGUGCUGCGGGUCUUACGUGCCUUGCGGAUACUGUACGUCAUGCGCCUGGCCAGGCACUCCUUGGGCUUGCAGACCCUGGGCCUCACCGUCCGCCGCUCCGCCCGGGAGUUCGGCCUCCUCUUGCUCUUCCUCGGUGUGUCCGUCACCCUCUUCUCACCCUUGGUCUACCUGGCCGAGAACGAGUCGGGAAAGAUCUUGGAGUUCACCAGCAUCCCGGCCUCCUACUGGUGGGCCAUCAUCUCCAUGACCACGGUGGGCUACGGAGAUAUGGUCCCCCGGAGUGUCCCGGGCCAGAUGGUGGCCCUGAGCAGCAUCCUGAGCGGCAUCCUCAUCAUGUCCUUCCCGGCCACCUCCAUCUUCCACACCUUCUCCCACUCCUACUCUGAACUGCGGAAGGAGCAGGAGAGGCUGCAGUCCCGGAUACGGAGGAUGAGGAACAUCAACACGUCGGGCGAGAGCGACACCUUGAAUGAGAGCGACAGCGGGGGCUUCCUGCCCGACCCCAGCGGCUCUCCCAUCCGGGUGAUAUUGCCAGGAUAGUAAACAGAGGCAGAACCUCACCCUGCCGUGCACAGAGCAAGAUAAGAAGGCCCUGCAAUGCACCAUCUCCCAAUGCAAAUGCUUCUGCCAACCCUUCCCUCCGCACAAAUAUCCGCACAGGGGGAAACAACGGCUUCAACACAUCGCCGAAACAAAUAAGGCUUCACCGAUGACGAUCAUAGGGAACGUAUGGCACCGGAAAGGUGAGAUACAACAAUAUGGUUGGAUAGCCUUUCCCAGAAGCUGUUUUGCAGAACGAGUUGAGAUGUUGGUGGGACAACAUGGUCCAUGAGCCACAUAUGGCCCUUGUGCCUGGUUUUGUGAGACGCAGAUAGGCCCAAUGGAGCGACUCCGGGUUUCUCCCAGGUAUGAUAUUGCAAAAAAUAUAUAUAUAUAUAUAUAUAUAGCCUCGAUGGUAUUGCUACUCAGGAAGGCUCUCCAUGGUUGAAGAUGCAGCAAAGACGGGUGGAAACAGGUAGAGGAGUUACCUUUGUGUGCGUAGCAAUGAAGGAGUAAGAAUGUAAACCUUCACUUAUUUUAUUUUGCAUAUAAUAUUUUCCACUUUUGGGUGGGCCUAACUAUGAAAAACCAUAAACUAAAACACCAUUAUUAUUAUUUUAUUUGAGAGGAUGUCUCCAGUGCAAUUCUGUGGACAACUCCAACAGAAGUUGACCUUAUGGUCACGCUGGAGAAAGUAAAGAGAACGUAAUAAUUGAAUCCACAAAUAAUCAAAUUUGCACAAGCAUGGUUUUUAUCUUGAGGAAUGAGCUCCUGAGAUAUUUUUUGCACACUUUUUGGAUAAUUACAAAAAAAGUCUAUUUUUCUGGUGGGCUUCUUUUUGAAAUUAGUGCAAAACAACCUUCUUAUUUUACUUUUUUGCACAACCCCAAUGCACUAGCCCUGACCCUGCUUUGCUUCUGGAAGCAGAGGUACAUCCAAGACGAUAAGCUUUGCAAGUUUCCAGUGUCUCGAUGCUAGCUGGUUUCUGGGCAUCGUGAUUGAUUUGACUGUCCAGUGGUCUGGUCUGACUCUCUUGAAGGUCGUGGAAUGGGAGUGUUUGGCUGGACGCACCCCACACUCCCCGUUGCCAACUUCCACAUCACUUUGAUUAAAAUCUGCACAGAGAGCCGCCGUAGAGAUCCGGGUGCCCUUUAAAGCCAUCCUCGACCUGACAAGUCUUGGAUCUUCUAUGCUGUUGCCAUUUCUAAAAAUUUGAGCAUUAAGGAUUUCUCGUAGAUGCCUAUCAGCAGCAUCCCUUGAGCCUAAAGCAUCAAAUAUCGUAGCUUUGGAGCAUCAUUGAAAUGCCUGAUCUGUCUUCCAAGAAACGACUUGAGUAUUAGUAGCACUGGGUUUGGGGUUGGAGGAGUUAAAAUUACGAAGUUGAAAAAGGAAGAGUAAACCUCUGUAAAGCUUUCACACUAGCUAACAAAUUUUCUUUACAUACUAUUUCUGGAAAUAACUGAGAAAGAAUAAAAAAGAGAGAAUAAAUCA